ACAAAUUGUCAUUGUUUGGAAAUGAUGGAAAUGAUGACUAUCUCGUAAAUAAACAUAAGCAAAGGUCGAACAAAAUUGCGAAAAAAGAUUAAUUAUUAUCAAAAUGGCUCACCCAAAUGCAUUAGCCGCCAUAGGAGAAUACGAGUCGGAGGACAGUAACUCACCACCAAGAAAAUUCGUCAAGGACUUCUCAAAUUAUUUCGCAAAACUUCUAGAAACUGGCGAACAGAGCGAUGUAACUGUUAUUGUCAAGGGUAGAGAAAUUCGGGUCCAUCAGUUCGUUUUAUCUGUAAGGAGUUCUGUUUUUCGAACAAUGUUGGAUAUUGAAAUGAAAGAGAAACGAGAGAAUAUAGUUGUGAUCGACGAUUUCGAGCACGAUGUGAUGUACGAACUUUUUACGUUCAUGUACACCUUAAAGACUCCGAAUCUAAAACACCUGUCUUUUGAGUUGCUACAAGCAGCAGAUAAGUACGGUUUGUUGGAUCUCAAACGAAAAUGCGCCAAGGUUCUCGAGGAGAAUAUUACAACGCAGACGGCAGCAUCCAUUCUAUCGUUAGCAGAUCGGUGUGACGAACAAACAUUAAAAGCAUUAGCAACGGAUUUUAUAAUGGAGAAUUCCAUGGAGUGUGCUUUAGACGAAAAUUCAGAACUGAGAAAAGAGUUUAAAGAACUUCCCGCGUCGAUUCUCCGAGAACUGUUGAUUCGUGCAUUCAAUAAGUUGUCGCCAAAGAAAGGAGUUAGAAUCAACUGAGGAUAAAGCAAUGAGGAGGUUAGGUAGUGAGAGGAAAGGCUUUCUAAGUAAGCUGACCGAUGGAAGUAGUUUCCAAUUUAAAAAAAAUUCUGACACCUUGUAUUACAUGCCAAUAAAAAUGAUUAAUUUGUCACGGUUU